AAAAUCCUGGAAAAGUGUACACUAGUUGAUUUAAAAUGGUGGACACCAUUGACCUGACUCCAACCUCAAGGAUUACAGAACACGAGGUCUACUGGAAUUUGGGCAGGGUUAUUCUGCUGAGUUUACAAAUCUUUAUAAUUUGCGGAAGCACUCUGGUAAUAUUUGUGUUAGGCCUCGUUGCUCUUGGGAAUCCAGAUAAGUACAGAGACAAGGCUAGAUUUGUUUACCAACAUAUUGAACCAGCUCUGUUUCAAGUUGUUAAACUCAUAAAUCCUGCUAUUCUUAAAUAUGAAAAGAAGCAUACUGAUUGCUGUGAUGGAAGAUGCCAGGAGUUAAAAUCCUCAUGUAGUGAUUCCUUCACAGAGGGUAGAAGAUAUAUAGAUACUAGAGUAUUCAGGGCCCGAGGAAGUAAAUAUUCACCACCGUUAUCCUAUACUUCAUCAUUUAUCAGAUAUUUCUUCCCAGUAGACGAUCUAACUAGACUGCACCCGGACGAAGAACUAGGAACUAAUAUUUAUCAGCUACAGGGAGAAAAUGAAGAACAUUUAGAUGACGGAGUACAUGGAGAGCAUGGAGAACAUAGAGAGCAUGGAGAACUUGGUGAACACGGAGAGUAUGGAGAACAUGAAGAGCAUGAAGAGUAUAAAGAGUUUGGAGAUUGUGAAAAGCGUGUAGGACAUGAAGAACAUGGAGAACUAGUCAACCGCGCAAAGCAACCACGUGCUGUAGAACAUGGAAAGCAAGGAAAUCAGACAGAACACGAUGAAAUCGAUAACAAUACUGAGCAGCUAAAUGAAGAGCCUGAAGAACAUGAAGUUCUGCAAGAACAAGAAGAACAAAGCGAGCUAGGCAACCCCAAUGAGCAACUACGUGGAGAACAUGGAGUUCAAGGAGAACUAGGGAACCAUACUGUACAGAUGCAUGAAGAACACAUCGAAUAUGGACAGCAUAAAGGACAUGAAGAGCAUUUAGAGCAUGGAGAGCAGGGUGAACAUGAAGAGCAUGAAGGACAUAAAGUGCACGAAGGACAUGGAGGAUUAGGUAGAAAUUCUGAGCAUCAACUUGGAGAACACAGUGAACACUAAACAGGCAGACCAAGAAGAACGUGGAGAGCAUGGAGAACAAGAAAAUCAGAGUAGAACAGAACAGCUUUUAUUUGUUAAAUAGGCAAUGUUACUGUCACUUUAUUAAAUUCAAAUUAAAUGGAGAAUGUUGCUAAAGUAAUGUUUAGUUUGUUAUAAAUAAAAAACUGGAACUAUU